AUGUCUUGGAGAAGUCUCAGCGUGGGUGUUGUCGGUGGCGGUAUUGGAGGCAUGUCCGUUGCUGUUGCCCUGCGCCGCGCCGGACACGAUGUCACCAUCUACGAGAAGUCGGACUUUGCAGGCGAAGUUGGUGCUUCGGUUUCCUGUGCGGCGAACGGAACCCGAUGGCUUCAUGAGUGGAAUGUUGAUAUCGCCAAGGGUGAUCCUGUUGUUUUGAAAAAGCUCAUCAACCGAGACUGGAAGACCGGCGAGCCGGUCAGUGUAUAUGAUUUGGAGGAUUAUGAGAAGCGCUGGGGAUAUGUGUACAACAUGUUCCAUCGACAGUACAUGCACGCCAUGCUGAAGGAUUCAGCAAUGGGCGAGGGUGAGGGAGCCCCCGCGAUAUUGAAGGUUAACCACAAGUGCCACGACAUCGACCUAGCAAACGGCACAAUCACAUUCGAGAACGGAGUAACCGCCCACCACGAUCUCAUCAUCGGCGCCGACGGAAUCGGCUCAGCCGUCCGCGGAAUUCUCGGCAUCACACCAGCAAAGCGACCCUCCGACCAAAGCUGUCUACACACGAACGUCAAAACCGAAGACGCCAUCAAACUAGGCCUAGUCAACUACGCCGCCAACGACGCCCUCGAAUACUGGGGAGGCCAAGAAGGGAAAUGGGACAAGAUCGUCCUAUCCCCCUGCAACGGCGGAAAACUCCUCUCAUACUACUGUUUCUUCCCGCGUGAGCAAGGCGAUUACUCGACACAGGCUUGGGGAGCCCAAGAGCGCCCUGUUGAGGAGCUGCUCAACCCAUACCCGCAGCUGGACAGACAGGUCUUCGAGCACUUGAAGAUCGGGACGGAGAUCAAGCCCUGGCGUCUUUGGGUGCAUGAUCCCUAUCCUUAUCUUCAGCGCGGUAAUGUCUGUUUGCUAGGUGAUGCCGGACACCCGAUGAUGCCUCAUCAGAGCCAGGGGGCGUGCAUGGCUAUUGAAGAUGCUGCUGCGCUGGGGAUCUUGUUCAACAGGGACUAUUUCCGUGGCGAUAUCGCUCAAGCACUUGCUGUUUAUGAGGAAGUGAGACUGCCUCGCGUGACGAGGGUACAGAGUGCGGCCGCGAAGGCGGCGUAUAAUAUAAAUGAGCGGAUUGGGUUCUCUGUUAACAAGAACAUCCCAACUUACAAGGUUGAAGAUGCGAAGAAGGUCCUCACCAUCGAGGAGAUGAAUGCCUAUGAUAUGUACCGAGACAUCGAAGAGAAGCUCGCCGCAAAGCGCGGGGCAGCUUGGGCCGAGAAGUUCGUUUGCGGACUUCCUCUCGGUCUCGAGUUGCCGAACGGGGUCACAGUCAGUGCACUCGGUGCAGUCGGAGCGUGA